CCCACGAGACCCGUCGAAACACGGAGAGGAUGUCCACCUCGCACGCGUGCCUCAGUCCUGCGGCGGCGUACACCGCACGCCGCGUCCCCACCAAGACCGGCGCCAAGCGCGGCGCGUCGUCGCCCGCCGCGUCCAGGCACGCGACGACGUCGAUUAGGGCGCAGAUGGGCCACGGCCACGGCGAGUCGGCGGCGGGCGGCGGCGGCGCGGCGACCGCGCACGGCCACGGCCACGGCGCGGCGAUGGGCGAUCGGCGCCCCGGAGAGAAGAAGGGCUUCGUCGAGGAGAUGCGCUUCGUCGCCAUGAGGAUGCACACGCGCGAGCAGGCGCCCAAGGAGGGAAAGGCGGAACCCGCCAAGGAGGCCAAGCCGAUGGCGCAGUGGCAGCCCACGAGGGAGGGCUACCUCAGGUUUCUCGUCGAGUCCAAGGCGGUUUACGACGCCAUGGAGGCUAUCGUCGCGUCGGGCGCGUCCCCGAUGUACGGAGACUUCGUCGACACCGGCCUGGAGCGCGCGGAGGGACUCGCCAAGGACAUCGAGUGGUUCUGCCAGACGUACGGCAUGGAAGCGCCAGUCGCCGACGGCCCGGGCGCGGAGUACGCGUCGUUCCUUCGCGACAUCUCGAAGACGUCGCCGCCCGAGUUCAUCUGCCACUUCUACAACGUGUACUUCGCGCACAGCGCGGGCGGGCGCAUGAUCGGCCGCAAGGUGAGCGAGAUGAUCCUCGACGGCAAGGAGCUCCAAUUUUACCGGUGGGACAAGCCCGGCGGUCUGGACGCCAUGAUGACGCGAACCAAGGCGAAGCUGAACGACGCGGCGGAGAAAUGGAGCCGGGAGGAGAAGGACCGGUGCCUGGAGGAGACCGGCAAGUCUUUCGAGCUCUCCGGCAAGCUCCUCAGGCUCAUCGCGUGAUCCGUCUUAGGGGAGAGAGAGAGAGAGAAUGACGGGCGAGCGUUCGUUUCGGCGUCAAGAGUUCGUCUCUUCGUAAAGUAACUGAGAUUUGAUUCGUUUAUACAUCGCAC